AUGCCUUUUCAGGGGUUUAAUUCACUGAGAGAGAGAUUUUUCAAACCAGGGAAAGAAGAGGUGAAGAACACUGUUAGCAACUCUCUGGGGAAUUUGCAAAGGAAGCUUGAUGGCACCAAUGCAGAGGAAGACCACAUUGAGCUAACUGAAGAAGGAAGGCCUGUGCAAGCAACCACUCACAAAUCUCCCCUGCUUGGCUGCUACUGCUGUGGACUGCCCAAGCGCUAUAUCAUCGCCAUAAUGAGUGGCCUGGGCUUCUGUAUUUCUUUUGGAAUUAGGUGUAAUCUGGGUGUUGCCAUAGUGGAAAUGGUUAACAACAAUACAGUUUAUAUUGAUGGAAAACCAGAGCUACAGAAAGCUCAAUUCAACUGGGAUCCAGAGACAGUAGGACUUAUACAUGGCUCAUUUUUCUGGGGUUACAUUGUAACACAAAUUCCAGGAGGAUUCAUCUCAAACAAAUUAGCUGCUAACCGGGUAUUUGGAGCAGCUAUUUUCCUAACAUCUACACUGAAUAUGUUCAUCCCUUCUGCAGCAAGAGUUCAUUAUGGCUGUGUUAUGUUUGUAAGAAUUUUACAAGGUCUUGUCGAGGGUGUGACCUAUCCAGCAUGCCAUGGGAUGUGGAGUAAAUGGGCCCCUCCACUGGAGAGAAGCAGGCUUGCAACCACAUCAUUUUGUGGUUCUUAUGCAGGUGCAGUGGUGGCCAUGCCAUUGGCAGGAGUAUUGGUACAGUAUAUAGGAUGGUCAUCAGUCUUUUAUAUUUAUGGAAUGUUUGGGAUUGUUUGGUACAUGUUCUGGCUCUUGCAUGCCUAUGAAAGUCCUGCAGCACAUCCAACUAUAACUAAUGAAGAAAGGACAUACAUAGAAACAAGUAUAGGUGAAGGAGCCGGCUUAGUUAAUGCAAGUAGAUUUAGUACUCCCUGGAAAAAGUUUUUCACUUCAAUGCCAGUUUAUGCAAUCAUUGUGGCAAACUUUUGUAGAAGCUGGACCUUCUAUUUGCUGCUUAUAAGUCAGCCUGCUUACUUUGAAGAGGUCUUUGGAUUUGCAAUAAGUAAGGUUGGCCUUUUGUCUGCGGUUCCUCAUAUGGUCAUGACAAUUAUUGUACCCAUUGGAGGGCAGCUAGCUGACUUGUUACAAAGUAGGAAGAUUUUAACCACUACCACUGUAAGAAAAGUCAUGAAUUGUGGAGGUUUUGGCAUGGAAGCAACUUUGCUUUUGGUAGUUGGUUUCUCUCAUACAAAAGGUGUGGCUAUCUCCUUUUUGGUGCUGGCAGUAGGAUUUAGCGGCUUUGCUAUUUCAGGAUUUAAUGUCAACCAUUUAGAUAUUGCUCCCCGAUAUGCCAGCAUUCUCAUGGGGAUCUCCAAUGGAGUGGGGACACUGUCAGGAAUGGUGUGUCCACUCAUUGUUGGUGCGAUGACUAAACACAAGACUCGUGAAGAAUGGCAAAAUGUCUUCCUUAUAGCGGCCCUUGUGCACUAUAGUGGAGUGAUUUUUUAUGCUAUUUUUGCUUCUGGAGAGAAGCAAGAAUGGGCUGACCCUGAAAACCUCAGUGAAGAUAAAUGUGGCAUCAUCGAACAAGAUGAAUUGGCUGAAGAAACGGAAUUGAACAGUGAUACUUUUGUUAAUCAAAAGAAAACAUACGGUGCUACUAGUCAGAACAGUGAAAUAGCAAGAAAGGAAUGGGGAAAGCAGAAGCAGGUAACACAGGACAUAGAAGAACAGACUUCCUAUCAUUAUGAAAAUGGAAAUUUUCAAGAUCUGUCAUAA